CUGACUGUUCAUCAGUUGGUGAUCACUCUGUACAGCGGGUGGACACUUGAACCUCACUUGUUGCCAUCUAAUUAGUGGAAUAUGAGGUGUCAGUGAUGUACCAAUCUCGUAGCUGUGACUUGGCAUCCCACCUCCUCAGUGUAGCUUAGGAACUCAGGUUCUCAUAAACCAAUGCGCUUCAAGGAAACGAAUAUCUCGCAUUUUUGACUCGAAACGCUAGACUGCGCAGGUGCAAUACGGGAAAUUUGCUCUCGCAUAAACAAACUACUUAGCGCGUGGUGGGGGGGUAAAUACAAGCCGCUGCUUGAAAGGUGAGGAGAGCUGACGGCUGAAUCAGCAACUCCCUGUGUGUGAGGAACCGCUGGCAGAGGCAUACUAAGGCCAGAGGAGCCACCAUUUGCCCUGCAGCACUCCAGCAGCGACGGCAGAAGCACCAGGCCCACCAAUAUUUGCUCUCUGCGGUGUGGGUGGCCACACAGGCACCUUGUGGGUGUAUACGGCCGUGCUUCUGCGUCAGUAAUGCUUGCCGGAGGUCUGGAAGAAGCUAUGUCUGGGUGCAAGCCCCGUGCCACCGACUUCUCCAUAGCGGCGAUCAUGUCCAGAGGGUCGGCGGCGGCGGCGGCAGCUGCUGCGGCAGCGGCGUCAGGGCUGCGACACGCUACCUCCCCUGGCUUACCGCCCCUAGAGAAACUCACGGAGACUAGCAUAAAGUCUGAGGACGAGCUUGACGAUGGAGGCGACAUCGAGGCUGAGGAUAUCGACAUUGACGUCGUUUCUGAUAAGGACGACUGCGACCUCGACAGCAGCAAGGAUCCUCUCGACCGUCCUUGCUCGAAGUCACCAGAGUCGACCUCCUCUGACUCACACUCCACCCACAAGGAGUCCGACAAGGCCUCCAAGCUGGAAAUGAAGACCAAGGGCAACUGCCCUGACCUAGAGACCAUCGACUGCCACCUGGAGACCAAAGAUCUUUGGGAGAAGUUUUUCGAGCUCGGCACAGAGAUGAUCAUCACCAAAACUGGACGAUCGUGCUGAACUCGAUGCACCGGUACCAGCCUAGGAUCCACCUGGUAAGGCUGAAGGAGGGGUUCUCUGGUCCCAUCAGCGACCUCGAGCAAGAGGACCAUCGAACUUACAUCUUCCCGCAGACGGUGUUCACCGCCGUCACUGCAUACCAGAACCAGCUCAUCACCAAGCUCAAAAUCGACAGCAACCCUUUCGCUAAAGGCUUCAGAGACUCGUCGAGACUCACCGACUUCGAAAGAGACACGAUGGAGUCAAUGUUGGUGGACCCGCGGUACUUGGGGGCGCCACUUCGAGGUUACAUGGAGCUCGAUGCUGAGAACAACAACCUCUUGGAGAAGGCACGGGCGCAACUCAUGUGGGACCGUCUAGCUGCCAUCACUGCUCCGCCUGGAGCCUCGGGAACCUCUCCUCAGGUAGCAGCAGCAGCCGCGGCUGCAGCAGCGGGUUUGUUGCCACCCUCAAUGCCACAGCUCUACACCCUCAACCAUUCUCGUGGGAACCCCUCUCCAUCUCCGUUACCGCUACCUGCCCAUCUGUGGACCCAGUGGACGGCACUACACGGGCUGGGGCAUCCCAACCCAGCCCUCUCACACCUCACCUCCCCUCACACCUCCGCCAGUCACCUCUCCCACUCAGCCCUCUCUGCUGCGCCUUCUUCUUCCUCUGCGUCAGUGUCACAAGCGGCGGCGGCGGCGGCAGCUUUAACGCGGCCGCUUUUUCCAUCGCCACUCAACCUCCAUCGUUACUCUCCAUACUUCCUUCCCAAGACCUCACCCUCAGACCCACGAGAUCAUGCUCUUCCGGACCACCAGUCCUAGAGACCUGCGAUUGUCUGGGACCACCUAGGAAUGUCUGGGACGACCUGGGAGUCUCUGGAAUUACCUAGUAGUGUCUGGGACCACCUGGGCGUGUCUGGAAUGGAAUGCCAACGGCUCUACGAGUCAUCAGUGCCUAAGGAAACUUAGCUGUCUGACGUGACCAAGUUGAGCUGAAAGAACUCGCAUGAUGCCGAGUUCAGUCACAUCGAGAAGCCGCCCCUCCUCACCCCUUUUCUAUUCUCUGCCUGUGUUAGGUGCAAUGGAUGUCGGGAGUAGGGAAGUGCGAGAAUCGACUUACUGAGGUGUUUGGGGUGUGUCAGGAACAGAAAGUCCACACAAAGGUUACUCAGACCACUACAGGAAAGCUAACGUUCCCUGCUGCCAUGGCCAACCAUACGGCCAACAGUUACCCUAGUCUCGGACAGUCUUGCCGCGCAUCCUGCCAUAAUACCGGCGUCAGCGGACGGGGCCGUCUUAGAACAAUGACCAGUGUCGGGGGAUUUUUUUUUUUCCAUGAAAAAUUAGUAGCAAAUAGCUUCGAGGUUGUGAAAACAGGGUGUGCGUCGCUCAUUCUCAGAAACGACUUUGAGGCAUGGUGUGCAAGCUGUGAUUCAUAUUGUUGGCACCAAAGAACACACAAGUGCCUGAAGGCAGAAAGACUUUGAUGCCUAGGAAACUCCUGAAUAGAACUGACACGUGUACAAUGGAUGCCUGAAUACGGCGCACACCCACAUAAAGAACAAUCCUAAAUGUGAUAAAAGUCCAGACAAAAACAGUCAAGUGUGGCUGUUGUGUGUGAAGGUUUGUAUACCUUCUGUGUAAUGCUGAAUCCAUGUGGGGGCAUUCUGGGCAAGGUGUGAUAGAGAAUAAAGCAAGAAUAUAUGCUUGCAUGUAUUGUUCUCUUGAGGCGUUAAUCUGCAAUCUUCUUUUCGUAUGCACUCUGGAGCCUUCUCCCCCCCCCCCCUUUCCUCUCCGUCUCUCUCCGGAGUUUAGACACGUUGCAGAAACAGCUUUUGACUUUAUCAAGUCAUAACUUGAUAAAGCUUUAACAGAGAGCCCUUCCGAUAGACCUCUCCGGAGUUCCUCAGGUCAGCUGGUGCUUGAGCAGACGCUUGAAGUAGCUAGUGCUGUGUAGCGGCCUUGAGGGGCAAGGGGCGGUGAUGGCGUUGACUGGGCAUCUCUACCACCCAUAAGUGCUGUCCUAGAAUUUAGGACACUGAACUCAGGGUCAAAGACAGCCUCUAUUGUGACAUAUCGUGAAUUGUCUUCAGUGAAAAAAGGACAAAAAUCAAUAUUUAGAUUUUGUUUUAAGAUGCAAAUUACAACCUCUUAAUGUUAUAUUCUACACAGUCCCUGAAUCACAUAAGGGUAAUGUCCCUGUUGUUUAUUUCUUCGUUGUAUGUUAUUAAGUUACAAGCUUUAACUCGGCCAUAAGGAAGUGACUUAGGUAUAACAUGGGGACACAGACGCAGGCGCCAUGGUGGCUAUGCUGGCAAGGACGCGCUCAUGGAUAUGUCUGUGUUUCGUGUGUUAAGGAAAGUAGUGACCAUCACAAGACAAGGAAUGUUAAUGUGAAUCUCUUGCUUAUGUUGGACCUUUCUUACUACAGAGGAUCAACGUAAGCGAAGGAGAAUAUGCAAAUAAACAAAGACACUUUAAUAAACGGUAUGUGUUUAUGAUGUAAAUAUAUUGACUAUUAUACCAGUGAGGGAUGGUCAAGAUUAUAAGAGCCAUAUAAACUGGAUGUUAGUGUUAGGAUCUACGACCCAACUGGAUUAAAAUUUUGGUCUAAACUCUAUAAUGAUUAUUGCAGUGUAUGAGUGAUUCAAUGUCUGAAGCUCAUCGGAAUGGGUUACAUUUUGAAAUUAUUUCAGUGAAAUGUCAGUUGAAAUGAAAAGGUAGAAUUCAUUGAAUUGUUUUAAAUUAAAAUUUGAUGCGACAGAAUCAGUAUUUGAGGAAAGUGAGAUUAAAAGAAGACCAUGUAAUGUGGGAAAGGCUGAGUCAGUGAGUGCCUUUGUUAACUACCAGUGCCAAAGGUUUAUGUCCUGCCCUCUUCUUCCUCUCUCUCUACCCCUCCCGCACUCACCACGUCUUGUAUUCCCCUCAUUUCCUUACCUUUUCUUUGUUACCGCUGCUCUCUUAUCGAGUCCUCUUAACUGCCACUUUUCACUCAUACGCUAUUUUUUUAUUAUUUUACAAUGCCACACUAUUCUUUCACCAUUUGCAUUUUCUCGUCCUCUCCCAGUUCCGUACUGUCAUUGAAUUCGCAUCACUUUUCAACUCGUGUUACCCCUAUUACCUCAUCUCCCAGCCAGCCCAUUGUAAUCUUUUGUAACAUCAUCUCCCUUUCUUACUAUCAACUUACUCUUCAUUAUUCUUCCACUCCCCCCACCAACACCCCUGUUGCAAUUUAUAGAAUUUUGUGUUUUUUUAAUGUUAUUGUUAUUUUUAUAUUUUUUGUAUCACACAAUCACCUGUAAAGGUUACAUUGAUGUGUAUAUAUUCAGAAUGAUGCCGUUGUAUAUAUAGUUUGUAUAUAUAUAAAUGUAUAUAUAUAUAGACGUAAUACUAAAACCUUUCCACCUUUGCGUUUCAAAUUUUUAGAUAAAGAGGAACGCGAAAAAAUCACAUACCAUAUUUAUUGCAAAUGAAUUUUUUGGUAGACUUUGCUGUAUAUAAGUUUUUCGUAACUUAUUUUUCAAAAAGGACGAAUAAAAAUCACCGUGGAGAUGACUGUCCAAAUCCUGUUGUAUAUAUAUUGAGGUGAACAAAUACAUGUGAUCCAACUUUA